CUGGUGUCCUCUGGUGGCCACUGUGGGGAGGACAGACUGGGGGGUGAGAGUGGGAGGGAUCAGAGUGGCCAUGACGGCACCUGUCCGGGGGACCCAUCAUGGGGCUGGACCAGCGUGGAGGCCCGAGACGUGGUUAGAAGCAUCCAGAUUCUGGGUGUAUGUUAAAGGUUAAGCCAGGAUUUGCUGACAGCGUGUGCAUGAGAGAGAGGGAGGAAUCACGGAUGACAUCAAGAUUUUUGAACCAAACCACUUGGAGGAUGGGUGUUCUCCCCCUGAAGACUCCUUAGAGCCCAUUGACUCCAUGCGGUAGGGCUUAGCAUUACUUCCGAUUUACAAAUGCAGAAACUGAAACUCAGAGAAGUAAAGCGAGUAUCCCAAGGUCACACACAGCAAGAGUUGUCCUAGAUGGGAUUCAAACCCGGGCUGCCUCCAACCCUACGGCCUGCCUUAUUUGGGGGACCAACUGUGUCUCUCCCUCCCAGAACUCCAGAACCCUCCCAUUCUCCCUCACUUCUGUCUCCCAUUGCCAUGACAACAAAACCCAGUGUGUUAGUUUCCUACGGCUGCUCUAACAAAUGACCACAAACUUGGUGGCUUCAAGCAACACAAGUCUAUUGUUCUAGAGGUCAGAGGUCUGACAUGAAUCUCACGGGGCCAAAGUCAAGCUCCUUCUGGAGACUCCAGGGGAGAAUCUGCUUCCUGGCCUUUUCCAGCUUCGAGGAGGGUCUGCCCGCACUCGGGGGCUGGCGGAUGCCUCCCCCCACCUGCAACGCCAGCAAAGCUCGGUCGAGUCCUUCUUACACUGAAUCCUUCGAACACCGAAUGCUGUACUUCCCUCUUCACUGUUUAAGGACUCAGGAGGUCAGACUGGACCCAUGCAGUCGAUCCAGAAUAAUCUCUCCGUCUCAUCAGCUGGUUGGGUUAGCGACCCUAAUUCCUCCGGCAAAUUUACUUUCCCCUUUGCCGUGUAACAUGACAAGUUCGUGGGUUUAGAGGGAUUUGGAUGUGGGCAUUUUGUGGGGGACACCCUUAUUCUACCCACCAUAUCCAGUGAGGUCACAAGGGCCUCUGUGACCUCAUCAUGCUCUGGUACCCAAAUUGACAAGGUGGCUCUCCCACAUGGUUGCUGGGUUUUGAAUCUGGGCGUCCUAACCCUCCAGCUGCAUGGGAGCCCGACCCGAGGGGGCUCAGAAGCCUUGCUUGAGGGUCCAGACCCUGUUUAAGAGGGUCAAGGCCUUAUUCACCAAAGCCCCACCUCCAAGCCCACCCCCGCCCCCCUCCCGGAACCCGGGCUGUACACACGUGUAUGGGUAUGUGUUUGGGCAUGUCCGUGAAAAUGACCUGGAGCAUCUCCCAUCACAGCAGGUGCUGGACACAGGAGAGCAGCUGAUGGUCCCCGUGGAUGUCCUCGAAGUGGAUAGCGAGGGGGCCCUCUGGAAGUUUCUGCUCUCAGGAGCCAUGGCAGGCGCGGUAUCCCGCACCGGCACGGCCCCUCUGGACCGAGCCAAGGUGUAUAUGCAGGUCUACUCCUCCAAGACUAACUUCAUGAACCUGCUGGGGGGGCUCCGAAGCAUGGUCCAGGAGGGGGGCUUCCGCUCCUUGUGGCGGGGCAAUGGCAUCAACGUCCUCAAGAUUGCCCCCGAGUAUGCCAUCAAGUUCUCGGUCUUUGAACAGUGUAAGAAUUACUUCUGCGGCGUGCACGGGUCCCCACCCAUUCAGGAACGGCUCCUUGCCGGCUCCCUAGCUGUGGCCACCUCCCAGACGCUCAUCAACCCCAUGGAGGUGCUGAAGACGCGGCUGACCCUGCGCCGGACCGGCCAGUACAAGGGGCUGCUGGACUGUGCGUGGCAGAUCCUGGAGCGGGAGGGCACCCGUGCCCUAUACCGCGGCUACCUGCCCAACAUGCUUGGGAUCAUCCCCUAUGCCUGCACCGACCUGGCCGUCUACGAGACGCUCAGGUGUUUCUGGCUGAAGUCGGGCAGGGACAUGGAGAAUCCUAGUGGCCUGGUCAGUCUGUCAUCUGUGACGCUGUCCACGACCUGUGGCCAGAUGGCCAGUUACCCGCUGACUCUGGUGCGCACCAGGAUGCAGGCCCAAGACACCGUGAAGGGAUCAAACCCCACCAUGUGUGGAAUCUUCCGGCGGAUCCUGGCCCAGCAGGGUUGGCCUGGGCUGUACCGAGGCAUGACUCCCACCUUACUGAAGGUGUUGCCAGCAGGUGGCAUCAGCUAUGUGGUGUAUGAGGCCAUGAAGAAAACCCUGGGCGUAUAGACACUGUCUGGUCGACACACCCUGGGCAGAAAUGGACAGGAGGGUCCAGUGUCCCCUGACCCAAAGAGCCCUCCAGGCUGAGGCCCGAGGGGGGUGGGGCAGUUUUUGUCAGGAGAAGCAGUCUGGGGGCCUGGGUCAGAAGAUUCUUGGGGACCCCUCCCCAGGGUGCAGGCUGGGACUAGUCUGGACUCCAAUUUGGCCCGUUAUGGCUUGUCCUGGCUUCAGGGUGACAUGGUGGACAAGGAGACUAUCUGAAAUAAAGAGACGGUUUCUGCUG